UGCUUUAUGACAACUUGGAUGCCAUGAACUGCUUAAUAGAUGCAGGUGCUAAUCUGAACAUGCGCGAUGCAAACGGCUCCACUCCACUUCAUUACGCACUUUUAUCCAACAAUACUGAAUUAGCAAUGCAUUUGGUGCAGAAAGGUGCAGAUGUAAAUAUUCCGGAUUCUGGCGGAAGAUCACCUUUACAACUUUCUGUGAUUAAGGACAACGUAAAAUGUGCAAAACUCUUUGUGAAGUUUAAUGCUAACGUCAAUUACCAAGGGCCGACAAAAUUGACCGCGCUCUCAAUGGCCAUCAUACUGGAAAGGAAGAACUUUGUUAAACUUUUAGUGGAAAAUGGCGCCAAUAUUAAUCUUCGUGAUGACGAUGGAAAUACUGCACUGCAUGCCGCGGUUAUGAGAGGGGAUACGGGUCUUGUUCAAUACUUAAUAGCCCGAAGGGCAGAUGUAAAUAUUCCGGAUCCUGAAGGAAGAUCACCUUUACAACUUUCUGUGAUUAAGGACAACGUAAAAUUUGCAAAACUCUUUGUGAAGUUUAAUGCUAACGUCAAUUACCAAGGGCCCAAAAAACUGACCGCACUCACAUUGGCCAUCAGACUGGGAAGGAUGAACAUAGUUAAUGUUUUAGUGGAAAAUGGCGUCGAUACUAAUCUUCGUGAUGACCGCGGACAAACUGCACUGCAUGCCGCGGUUAUGAGAGGGGAUACGGGUCUUGUUUACUGCUUAAUAGCCCGAGGGGCAGAUGUAAAUAUUCCGGAUUCUGGCGGAAAAUCACCUUUACAACUUUCUGUGAUUAAGGACUACGGCCCACAAAAUUGA